AUGCCAGAGUCUUGUCUGGUGCCUGGUGGCGGGCUCCUGGCCCCAGCCUAUGCCUGCCUGCUCCUGCUGGCCCUGUUGGUGGCUCCAGCCCAGCCCGAGGCUCUGCUCGCUCGUUACGACUUUGAGGAAUCCUUCCCCUUCUUGCACCUCGCACUCGAUUCGGCGGGUCAGCAAAAUCUGCAUGGUGGCUGUGUCGGAUUUGAACCCACACUCGACCGCGCCGAGCCUGUUGGCCCAGGGGCCUCGGGAAAUUAUGCCUUUAAUGCUACGCGUCGUGGCAUCGCCCAGGUGUUUUGGACCAAUGCGUCAUCCCUCGUCCCUGCCUCCCAACUCAGCUGGGCUGCCUGGGUACAACGCCCCACGUCCACCGCGCCAGCGCCAGAAAUCCUGGUGCACUUUGAUGACGGCAUCGCAGAUACCAUGAUGGAGCUCCGCUUUGUCUACACCCUGGUCCAAGUGCACAUCACCGCCCUCGAGGGCGUUGCCGGCGUGCAGUCUGCAACAAUCUCUGCUGCCUGGCCCACCGACGCGGCAAGCGAUGAUGAGGCCGCCCACGACGAUGGUUGGCACCAUCUGGCCGUGACCGCCAACCAGGGCACGGUGACCUUAUAUCUCGAUGGCGCGCCCCUGGCCUCCAAGACCGAGCUGGCUCUUCCCCGCAACUGCGACCGUCUUCUUCUGGGUGGCCGCCUAGACCGCAACUCUGGUGCAUCUUCUUAUGUCUUUCCAGGCCUCCUCGAUGAUGUUCGGAUUUGGGAUUCCGCCCUCACCAACAACGACGUGCAACUUUUGGUCGCCGAUCGCGGGCUAGCUCCAGGACUGUUCACUGAGCCGCCCACCCAGCCUUGGUUUGGACGAAUCGUCUUUGCGCCUGUCGACCGUGAUGGCGGUAACCUUCUCCUGGAUCGAAGCGGCCAUCAAAGGCACGCCUUGCUCCAACCAGGGGCGCUCGCCACGGCCGACGGCCUCCUUUAUCUGACGGGCCAGUUUGCACCCACAAUCUGGUUGCCAAGCCCGGAAGACACGUACAUGCGUGUGAGUGUUCGUUUCCUUACCUCCUCAAACGAUGCCAGCUAUGUGCUGUCUGUAGACGGCGCUGUGCGCGUGGCCAUCCUUCUUCCAACGCGUGGCCUCGUCGUCACAACAACGCGUAACGGCGCUACAAACACCAUAUCGGGGGCAGAAGAUCGUAAUUUGGCCGAUGGGACAUGGCAUCAGCUGGAGUUGGAGCUGCAGCAGAUCGAGUCGAACUUGAACUUUCUCGUCUCGAUCGAUGGCGAAGCCAUCGUAUCAGGCAGCGUCGAAGGCACACUGGCGCCUGAUGCGCUAGUGCUUGGUGGUUGCUGCCCGCUGGAGCCCCUCGUCUAUGGUUUCCAUGGAGAAAGUGCUGACGACUACGGAGAUGUCCUCAAUCGAAACGACAACGCCUAUGUUCACGCCCAAACCAUCGACGACGGACGUGUCAACAACGAUGGCCGAGCCAACGACAACGGCAGACGAGCCAACGACAACGGCAGACGAGCCAACGACGACGGCCAAGCCAACGACGACGGCCGAGCCAACGUCAAUGACAGACGAGUCAACGAUGGCGGCCGAGCCAACGACGACGGCCGAGCCAACGUCAAUGACAGACGAGCCAACGACGACGGCCGAGCCAACGUCAAUGACAGACGAGUCAACGAUGGCGGCCGAGCCAACGUCAACGACAGACAUACCAACAACGACGGCCGUGCCGACAACGAUGGCGACAACAAACGAGCUCGUCACGUCUGA